AUCGUCAAGGAAGAAAUAGAUGCGAUAUUACGAUAUAAAAAGACUCCAAAUCGAAAAGCGAUCAAAAAUAAAGAAAUGUUAGAGGAAGUUUCGAGAAAAGUUACAGUAUGGAUUGAUACGGUAUUGGAGGAAUCCGAGAGCAGAUUGUUAGAAGAAAAUCUUCUAGAACUAGAGGAAGAGGAAGGACCUGUUUUGGAUUUGAUUGACGACUUAGUAGAGAAUGUUCUGAUUAUAUGUGUACCGCCUAGUCUCGUUAAGUCCAGGGAAAAAUUAACCGAAGAUGAUGUGUUAUCUGAUUUAUCAAUCGAUAAAUGUAGCGAAGAACACAUCACUAAUAUUACAGAAAUAAAUAUAAAUGACUUAGUGAUAGAUCUCUACAAUAAUGCAUUAGAAUAUGCAGAACGGAAAAUUUUAGAAACGCAUGAAGAUUAUAUCUUACCUGUGGAAAUUUCAAAUGUUCAGCAAUCCGUAGAUCUUCUUAGUAUAGGCAGUGAAAGCGAUUAUGUUUUAGAGGACAUUAGAGGAGAAUUAAAUAAGCUAGUAGAUCAAAUAUUAGAUAAUUUAAUUACUGUUGAUAGUCAGUUUCAAGAUGAAAUAGUUAUCGGAGAUGACGCGAUCGAAACGAGUUCCGAACUUGGAGAAAAUACUAACAAUUUACUUCAAGCUUCUCAAGAUUUAGUAUUACAAGAACACAAUGUCAGUAUAAAUGAAGAUCUAAAUAUAACUGAACAGUCAGAAACAUUCAAUGUAGAUUUGGAACAUAAAGGAGACGAUAUAAUAGUUAAUGACUUAACGAAUAAAACAAUUGAAAAUAAUAAAAUAGUUAAAGAAAUAAUUGAUGAUUUACUAAAAACUGGUGUUUCGAGUUCGGACCCAAAUGUAUUAGAUGAUAAUUACACGAAACCAAAUAAUACAGAAAUUGUAAAACAAGAAUCUUUAGAAAUUGAAACUCAAUUGGAUAAUGAACAAGAGUACUUACAAAAUGAAGCAGUAGUAAAAGAUAACGAAAGUCAAUUGGAAGGGCAAGACUUUACCCAAAUUAAGGCCGAAGAAGGACAAGACUUAACCCAAAUAAAGGACGAACUUUUAUCCGCUAAAAUCAGUGAAAGAACGCAAAUAGUUCAAGAUCUGUUGAUAACAAUUUUUGAAAAUCUUUCCCCAGACUCUGCGUUUGAGGGAAAAGAAACAAACGAAGACAACAAAAAAGUAAAAUUUUCAGCUAUUGAUAUGGGUAUUGAAGUGAACAAAAAAUUAUUAACAAAAUUAAGUAGCCAGCAGUUGAUAUUACAAAAACCGUCUAGUGAUUAUUUAAAUUUUAACAUCGAUUUCGCUCCACCUAAUGAAAAUUUACUAUCUGAUGUCGAUGAAUCAUGGCCACAAAACAUUGCUCUACCUAUAAUUAAGGUAACUGAAAGUGUAAAUAAAUCAGUAACAUCACUAGGUAAAAUUUUUGAAAGAGAUGAAAACCGGAUAUCGUCUGAAAGUAGUUAUGUUUCCACACAAAAUUCUGAAAUGCUAAUAGAUGUUCAACUUACUUCGAUGUCAAUGGAUAACAGCAAAAUGAACGAUAUGUUACUUGAACAAUUUCAGAAUGAAAAUGAGAUAGGCACAGAAGCUAAAAAAAAAAAAGGAAAUGAUAAACCACAACGUAAAGAAAUCGAUAAGAAAAAACAAGUUAAAAACAAGAUAAUUAAAAACGAAACGAAACAUGAUCUGAAACCCCGAGGCAUUGAUAAAAAUAAAUUAAAAGAUACAAACGGAAAAAUCCGUAAUAAAUCUGUAGAGGUUCAUCAAAAACCUGAAAAGAAAUAUAUCAAGACAAACAAAGACAAAGAAAUACCAAGAAAAGAUAAAAGAUUGCCGACUAAAGAUAAAAUACCUAAUAAAACGGAUAGAAUUAAAGUUUCCGAUAACAAAAGAGAUAUUGCAAAGAUCAAAAUUAAUGAAAAUAAAACUGGAAUUAAACAAAAGAAACAAUUGCAACCUGUAGUUAGUGUUAAGGAAGAGGAAUUAAUUACAGAACCUAUUGACGUAAUUUCAAAGGAAGACAGAGGUGAUGGACUUAAAAACGAACAAAAACAAGCGUACUCAUGUGAGAAAUUCUUGUCGUCGGAACAAAAAACGAAUUCAAAGGAGAAUGGUAUGAUGCAUUUUAAAAAUACUUCGACUUAUUUCAAUGUACCUCCUCGUCGAGGGCUUGAACGGUCGGCGACGUGAAAGAAACCAAUGGGUCAUGUAUGUUUUAGACAAUUUAUUAUUAAGUCAUCAUUUUUAUUAAUUGUUAUAUCAAUGUGAUUCAUAGGUAUAAUAAACAUUAAUCCAUACGAUAUUUUGAAAUGGUGUAAAGGCUUAGAAAAUGUUAUCGACAAUUUAGAAACUUGGAACUCUUGGAUGAAUUCUACUUGCAAAUGUAUUACUUAUCUCAAGCAAAAAGGAAAUUGCAAUAGUUUAAAGUCAAUCGAAAAAACUAGAAGUAAAUGGAAAAUAUUGCACAAAAAUAUCAAACAAGAUACAAUUUUAUGGGGGAAUAUGAAACAGCGUAAUGGGGAUGGCUUAAAAAGCUAUAAAAAGUAUUAUAACGAAAUUAAGGUAAAUAUUGUUUAAUCU